GUUCAUACGACAAUUUAUGGAGUGUUAUACUAUGCUUGAUCAAAAAUAAGCUUUAUAAGUCUAUGAACUAUUUAAUGAAUAUAAUAAAUUAACUUCUUCUGUUAGAUAAUUUGGAUCUAUUAGUAAUAGUUUUAAAAAUUGUAGUAUUUCAUAACCUAAGUAAUUAUAUUUAAAUAUUUUUAUUUUAGAUGGUAUGUACCAACCAAAAAAGAGUAGGAUGAAUUAUAAUUGUAUUUUUAAAAUGUCAAAAUUUAUUUCACUAGUAGAACUAAAAGAUAGAAGAUUGAAAAAUCUGCUUCUUAAGUUUUAAGAGUUUGUCAAAGUACCGAUAGAAAUUAUAGAAAAUCUACUUCAUUUGUUGGAUAAAAAGGAGAUAAUUUUCUUCAAAAUACUACUUUAGGGUAUAUGAAAAAAAUAUCUACUGCUACAAAUCCUAUUGCAUUUUAAUAUACAUUUGAGAGUGAAUCAAAGACUGAAAUUUAAUAGAAAUGA